AUGAAAGUUGAGUUUGCUCCGCGGUCUGUGCCACUUCAGAGAAGGCUUCAGACAGCAGCAGUAGUUCAAUGGGUCUUCAGCUUCCUGGGUCUAGCACAGUGCUGUACAGCUGCCUUCAUCGCCCUCUUCUUCACUCGUUUUUGGCUGGUCAGUGCCCUCUAUGCUGCAUGGUGGUUAAUAGACAGGGAGAAACCCACCAAGGGUGGGCGACGGAUCCACUUCCUCCGGAACUGCAUCGUUUGGAGGUACAUGAGGGACUAUUUCCCCAUCACGUUGGUGAAGACAGCAGAGCUGGACCCUCGGCAGAACUAUCUGGUGGGAUUUCAUCCCCAUGGAGUCCUGGCAGCUGGAGCCUUUCUCAAUUUCUGCACUGAGGCAUCUGGCUUUUCCACACUCUUCCCAGGCAUCACCCCCCACCUGAUGAUGCUUUCCCUGUGGUUUCGCAUCCCGUUCUUCAGGGACUAUGUGAUGAGUGGAGGCCUCAUCUCCUCUGACAAGGAGAGUGCAUCCUACGUGCUGCAGAAGCCAGAGGGUGGGAACUUGCUGGCCAUCAUUGUUGGUGGGGCACAGGAGGCACUGGAUGCCCGUCCAGGAUCCUUCACCUUGCUGCUGAAGAACAGGAAGGGAUUUGUGCGCCUGGCCAUCCAGCACGGCACCCCCCUGGUCCCUGCCUUUUCCUUUGGGGAGAAUGAUGUCUUUGAUCAGGUGAAGAAUCCCAAGGGCUCCUGGCUGCGGAGGAUUCAGCAUUGGCUCCAGCAGAUCAUGGGCAUCUCCCUUCCCCUCUUCCAUGCACGAGGCAUCUUCCAGUACAGCUUUGGGGUGAUACCCUACCGACGGCCCAUCUGCACCGUGGUUGGGAAGCCAAUUCCAGUGCAGAAGAAGCACAGACCCUCUGAGGAAGAAGUUGAUCAAGUCCAUCAAAAAUACCUAAAUGCAUUGUCCGAGCUCUUUGAGAAGCACAAAGCUAAAUAUAAUGUCCCAGAAGACAGCCACCUGGAAUUUAUAUAG